UCUACGGAUUAACGGUGCGGGAGAAGCGACCGUUGCGGAGGAUUGCGGAUCAGCGGGACUCUACCGUUCAGAUUUCAGUGUAAAUCACCGGAACACAGCUUUUUCUGGGACGUUGGUCUUUAUGUAAAUGUAUUAAAUUCUAUCGUAUUCUAUUAUUUUCUUUUCUAUUCAAUCAAGCUCCUCCAGACUGCAGAGGAGACGCACAGAGUCGAGUAAACAGAGGGUAGGCGACGUAAGCAGAGACUCAGAGAGAGAGAGAGAGAGAGAGAGAGAGAGAAGCUCGCCACUGUGAAGUUGAAAUCCAAAAAAAUCCGUCAUUGCAAAGGUGUAACGCGUCCAACAAAGCAGGAAAGCUACUAUUGUGGAUUUUUAGGAAUGUUUGACAAACUCUGCCUAACCCGCCUAAAUGUUUCACUGGAAUAAUUAGACUUUAGUGCCCAUUUGCCUGGGAUAUUUUUUUUUUCCUUGUAGUGGAAUUCUUCCAAUUGCACCUGCACGAGGACAGCGACCGGUGGGAAAGGAGGAGGAAGGGAGAGGAGGCACUGCCGAGAAGAAGAGGAGAACAAAGAUUAAAAAAAGAAGAGGCGGUUGAAGGGGAGGGGGGAUCAUUUCAGUUUCUUUCGGAUAGGAUUCUUCCCUCACCCCGCGGAUGGAGGGAUGAAACCGGGAGAAAAAGACGGGGAGAGAGAGAAAGAGAGAGGAGGGAGAAGAGGAGGAUGUAGUCGUCAGGCGAUGUGAGAAUACAAAACGGACGCACCCCUCUGGAAGACAGGAUUGAACUAUAAACCUAUACGGAAUUUACCGCCAGCCAAAGGAUAUUACACACUCAUCUCGAUAUAUACACAUAUGGGGCAUAUUCUCUUAUCUGGAACCUAUCUGUGUGGAGUUACAACAAGAAUCACCGCAACCGUUCAAAUAAUGGGAUUUGAAAAGAUAAUUGCGCCCUGACACCCAGUGAACGAAGGACAUCCGUAAAGAGGUUUGUGACGGGGGUCAAUUUCUGCAUGAAAUCAGACAUGCUUCACACUAUCCACCACCCCUUCCUGCAUUGUCACUGAAGGUUGGCACCGGACGUACAGUACAUCCUGAGGGAGUGAAACCAGAAAGAAGAUUUUGGACCUUUACCCUCAUCCAUGAUGUUAUAGCCGUGAUAACAUGUGAAUCCUGAAGCAGAGUUUUAUCCUCUUUUACAUCUCUGAAGGUGUCGUGUCCAGGUGGGGUGGUAACCAUGGAGAGGCUGUGGCUGUGUGUGAUGCUGGCAGUCGCCAUGGCAGUGCGGGCACAGAUCUGCCCGAAGCGCUGCGUAUGUCAGAUCCUGUCACCCAACCUGGCGACCCUCUGCGCCAAGAAAGGUCUACUGUUUGUACCGCCGAACAUUGAUAGGCAUACAGUGGAGCUACGGCUGGCUGACAACUUUGUCACAAGUGUGAAGAGGAAAGAUUUUGCAAAUAUGACACGGCUGGUGGACCUAACAUUAUCCAGAAACACCAUCUCCUACAUCACACCUCAUGCCUUUGCUGAUUUGGAAAACCUUAGAGCUCUACACCUCAACAGUAACCGGCUGACGAGGAUAGGAAAUGACACAUUUUGCGGGAUGUCGAAGCUUCACCACCUGAUUUUGAACAACAAUCAGCUGAUGCUGAUCCACCAGGGAGCAUUCAACGACCUGCUGGCACUGGAAGAACUGGACCUCAGUUACAAUAACCUGGACACUAUUCCUUGGGAGGCCAUCCAGAAAAUGAUUAGCCUCCAUACAUUGAGUUUAGACCACAAUAUGCUGGACUUCAUUCCAGAGGGAACAUUUUCUCUGCUGCAGAAACUCAACCGGCUGGACGUCACCUCUAAUAAACUCCUAAAGCUGCCGCCAGAUCCACUUUUUCAACGAGCACAGGUCCUGGCGACAUCAGGGAUCAUGACCUCCACGUCUUUUGCAUUAUCAUUCGGUGGAAACCCUCUCCACUGCAACUGUGAGUUACUGUGGCUGCGAAGGCUAAACAGAGAGGACGACCUGGAGACAUGCGCUUCACCCCAACACCUCUCUGGUCGAUACUUCUGGUCCAUCCCUGAGGAAGAGUUUCUCUGCGAACCUCCACUCAUCACCAGAUACUCCCAUGAGAUGCGGGUGCUUGAGGGGCAGAGAGUUAUACUCAGGUGUAAGGCAAGAGGUGACCCAGAGCCAGCAAUCCACUGGAUCUCUCCCGAGGGCAAACUGGUGUCUAACUCCUCCAGAACGUUGGUCUACAACAACGGGACCCUGGACAUCCUCAUCAGUACGGUGAAAGACACUGGCUCCUUCAGCUGCAUCUCCUCCAACCCUGCCGGUGAAGCCCACCAAACAAUAGACCUGGUUAUUAUAAAACUCCCCCACAUCUCCAACAACACCAACAACAUCCAGGAGCCCGACCCGGGAUCGUCAGACAUUUCCACGUCAACCCGAGGCGGAGCCAACGGGAGCAACGUGACGGGUGACGUUAAGGGUGGGGUGGAUAAGAGGGUUGUAACGGCCGAGGCCACGUCAUCAACAGCGCUGAUCAAGUUCAACUUCCAGAGGAACAUUCCAGGCAUAAGGAUGUUCCAGAUACAAUACAAUGGGAGCCAAGAUGACUCACUGGUUUACAGAAUGAUCCCCCCAUCAAGCAAAAACUUCCUGGUCAACAACCUGGCAGCAGGGACCCAGUACGACCUCUGCGUGCUGGCCAUUUACGAUGAUGUCAUCACCUCUCUGACAGCAACACGUGUGGUCGGCUGUGUGCAGUUCCACACCGAGUCUGAGUACAUGCGGUGUCAUUUUAUGCAGUCUCAGUUCCUCGGCGGGACUAUGAUUAUCAUCAUCGGAGGGAUAAUAGUGGCUUCAGUGCUCGUUUUCAUCAUCAUCCUGAUGAUACGGUACAAGGUGUGUAACCCUGGUGAGGGUGGUAAAGGUGUUUCAUUGUCGAUGACCAACGUUCACUCACAGACCAAUGGGCAACAGUCGCAGGGAUGCACUGUGACUCCAAGCUCCUCUAAACACGGCUCAAUCGGAUUAGACGACCUCUCAGGAGGCACAAAGAAAAGGAGUGGAGCAGGAGGAGGAAGAGGAGGGGGUAAGGAUACGAUGACUCAGUCGUCCGACUCAUCCCUGCCUGAUUGCUCCACGACUACGUCAAUUCUCAGCCAGCCUUGGGCAGCCAAAAGCCCAACAGCUGGAGCCGAGGAAUGGGAGAAAGCGGGUGAAGAGAGAGCUCAAGCUGACAACUUGUCGCCCACCGGCACCGGCGGUUCACUAAGCAAGCCAAAGCGGAAGCCCACUCCAAGUAAGCCAGGCUCGGCUUGCUCCAACACCUCGGCUACACCAGAAAACCUCCCCUCCCCUCGUCCUCCUUCCUCCUCCUUCUCUACCGCCUCCCCUGCUCUCCCCCCUUCCUCCACUCUGGAGAAUCUGAACACUAACCGCAACAACUCCACCUCUCUUAACCAAACCCCACCUCCCUUUGUCCCUUCCUUUUUCUCCAGCCCUCUCGCCACCCCAAGCCCCGUCCCCGCCAUCCGUUUUAGAGAGACACCCAUCCUGCGCAGGGCUCCUCGCGCAGGUACCUCAUCCUCCGCCAAGUACCAGACUCUCCCUGUGGAGGAGGCAGGGAGGAGCAGGGGGAGGAGGAGGUACUCGCUUAGUGAAGGUGGCUCAAAGACUCACUCGUCACAUCAGGGAGCAGGAGGAGCCCCCAAAAUAGGGCGCAUUAUGCGGGACAAAAGGAGCCAAUCAAUGAGCGGGAUCCUACUCCCAAAAGACGGGGAUGGCGACUCAGACAAGGGCCGGUGCGAGUCGGACUGGAUCUUAGAAAGCACAGUUUGAACUGGAAUGAGACAGCAACCAUAAAACAAACUUUGGUUUAUCCAUUUUUGUUUAUGUAAUGCAUAAGUGUGUGUGUGUGUGUGUGUCUUAUUUUGAAUGUGUCUAGAAUGGUGUAUGAGUGAAAACUAAUGUGUGUUUGUGACAUAUGAAACAGUGUGUAUUGCGAAUUAGGAUGUGCGUUUUUUGGUGUGUACUGUAUGUGUGUGUCUUCACGUUUGAACCUUUCUUUAUAAAUGUGUGAGAGGGUGAUUUUGUGUUUUGGGUGAAAGCGUGAACAUAACUUCAAUUUUUCAGCCUGUUUUUUUUGUCAUAAUUUUUGUCCACAAUUCUUUGUAUUCAGUUUACAGUUUAUUUCACGUUGAAUGUUUUCUAUCUCUUUUUUCAGUCUGUCAUUCAGCGAGUAUCUCGCCUUGUCUCGUAGCGUCCUCAAGUUGUCUCGGUUUCACUUUAUAGCACAAAAUAAAACAAGACAAUGGGCUUGCCACGUUAUUUUCGGAUUCACACUCACUUGAUCUGAAAAUACCACGAAACCGGAACUAUUACAGGUAAAAAG